GACCACGACUUUGAGAUGCAGCCGCACGGAGCUCCGGGGCCUGGGCCCUCCUCCUCCCAAGGCAACCUGCUGGGGCGCCCUGCCCCGCCCUCCAGGCUCCCCGGGAGGGCGUCCCCUCUCACCCCUGUCCUCAGGCAGACCGUCCGUCUGGAUGCCUUCUCCCAAAGCUGCAUCCCACAGGCCCCCGGCCGGCAGGGGCUUGCAGCCCGGGCCCAGAGCGUGCUCCCGCAGGAGAUGGGCAGCAGGCUCGGGUCCAGGAAGCUCAGCUCCAUCUCCUUGACGCUCCGGCCCAGCAGCCAGGCCUGGGAAGAGGUGCCCGCCCUGGGCAGGGGGGCUGCUGCCCAUGGAAGAGGGACGAUGCCCACUCCAGAGUCACCGUCUCUGGUCCUCGUGCCAGGGGGCAGGGUUCACUCUGGGGGCCCAGGGAACCCAGGUCUGGGCAGACCCAGCAGGAUGCCUGUGAUGGAGAAGCCGCUGGUGAGCUCCCACCUGGCCCUCCCUUUCCAGCUCCGGCUGGUCCAGGAGCCACGGGGCCCGGCAGGCCCGGCGGGUCAGCGGCUCCCUGUCCCCGCGGCGGCCCCAGCGCCUGCCAGAGCUUCCGCAGGAAGAGGCCGGCCCGGGCCCAGGGGGGUCCUGAGGCCGCGGCUGCAUCUCCAAAGGGCCAACCCUCCCAUGGCGCCAGCGCCGGCCGUGGAUUGGGUGGCUCUGGACACAAUGAGAGGCACAGUCAGACACUCAGCCACCAUGGCCACCAACAGCUCCAGCCUGGCUGUCCACCCAGCCACAUCAGACACACCCAGACUGGACACAGGCACAAAGUUCCCUGCUCUGGAAGCCAAACUGGGCACAGCCACAGAAGUGGCUACAGAAGGCACAGCCAAGCAGGGCAUGGUCACAAAUCCGGUAACGCCAGACCCAGGCAAGCUGGACAAAGCCACAGCCACAGCAGGCACAGCCAAGCCAUAUGCAACGACAGGGGCCACAGCCAAGGAUUUGGCAGCCCCAGACCCGGCCAAGUUGGGCGCAGCCAGGCCAGACAGAGUCCUGGCUUUGGACAGAGCGGAGCCAGCCAGACGGGUAACUACGGGUUUUCCUGCUUUGCACACAAGCAGGCUGGGCGUAGGCAUGGGUUUGGUCCUGCCGGCCCCCCUAAACCCGGCCAUUGGAGGGGCCACACUUGACAGUGCCAUUCAGCGGACCACAUCGGACACUGCCACUCACCCAUCGAUGUCAGCCAGAAGCACAGACACAGCCCCAGGCCAAGUGACAACAGAUGCUGCUACAGACCCGGCCAGAAAAGCCAAAGGGCUCCCAGAGACCAGGACGGACGCAGCCAUGUCAGAGCUGGUGCCCGAGCCCCGGCCGAAGCCGGUGGUGCCCAUGAAGCCCGUCAGCAUCAACGCCAACCUGCUGGGCUACAUCGGCAUCGACACCAUCAUCGAGCAGAUGCGGAAGAAGACCAUGAAGACCGGGUUCGACUUCAACAUCAUGGUCGUCGGUCAGAGUGGACUGGGCAAGUCAACGCUGGUCAACACGCUCUUCAAAUCCCAAGUGAGUCGCAAGUCCUCCAGCUGGAACCGCGAGGAGAAGAUCCCCAAGACCGUGGAGAUCAAGGCUGUGGGGCACGUGAUAGAGGAAGGCGGUGUCAAGAUGAAGCUUACCGUCAUCGACACGCCGGGCUUCGGAGACCAGAUCAACAAUGAGAACUGCUGGGAGCCCAUUGAGAAGUACAUCAAUGAGCAGUACGAGAAGUUCCUGAAGGAGGAGGUGAACAUCGCCCGGAAGAAGCGCAUCCCAGACACGCGUGUCCACUGCUGCCUCUACUUCAUCUCCCCCACCGGACACUCCUUGCGACCGCUGGACCUGGAGUUCAUGAAACACCUCAGCAAAGUGGUGAACAUCAUUCCCGUCAUAGCCAAGGCUGACACCAUGACGCUGGAGGAAAAGUCCGAGUUCAAGCAGAGGGUUCGCAAGGAGCUUGAAGUACAUGGCAUUGAAUUCUACCCACAGAAGGAAUUUGAUGAAGAUUUGGAGGACAAGACGGAGAAUGACAAAAUCCGGCAGGAGAGCAUGCCCUUUGCCGUGGUGGGAAGUGACAAGGAAUACCAAGUGAAUGGCAAGCGGGUCCUCGGCAGGAAAACGCCGUGGGGGAUCAUCGAAGUGGAAAACCUCCACCACUGUGAGUUUGCCCUGCUUCGAGAUUUUGUCAUCAGGACUCACCUCCAGGACCUCAAGGAAGUGACGCAUAACAUCCACUAUGAGACCUACAGGGCCAAGCGGCUCAAUGACAAUGGAGGCCUCCCUCCGGGAGAAGGCCUGGGCUCUGUCCUUCCACCCGUGCCAGCCACCCCCUGUCCCACUGCUGAAUGAAGGCCAUUUCAAGCACUGCUUCUCCCUCCAUUCCUCUCAGCUGUCAUGGCUGCAGGGCCAUGACCUUUGAAGGGUGUGUUUGUCCAGCCACCUCCACAGCCCUUCUCUCUCUCUCUCUCUGGCCCUCAGCAGGUGGGAGGGGCCAGCUGCUUUAGGACAGUCGCCUUCUCCAUUUAUCCAAACACCCCUCUCCUCCCAGUGGAAUGGAGCUCUCGCCAGCACUGCCCUCCUCCAUCAUCCGUGUCAGCUGGUCCCAGCCCAUCUGUAGGGCGAAAGAACUCAUCAAGAGCUCCUUCUGCCCUUGCAAACCCAUGCCAGCUGCUUGCUACCAUCUCCAAGGGACAUGGCAUUGCUCCCUGUCCGUCUGCAUGAGCUACUCUUGGCUUCCUUAAGGGGUCAAGAAAGCCAUUUUUCUGCUUGUCAGAGUCAUUGAUGUCAGCUGUGUGCGCCCUGAUGUGGGACAAGAGGGUCUCCUUCAUUGCUUAAAACUUAUUUCUGAGGAUGGGUCACUACAGAUGUGGGGGAGUAAGGGCUAGGAUCUCUCCUUUAAAAAAUCACCACUUGUGGCUGGCCCAGCGUGUGGUCACACACCCUCCCCGCCCCAUAAUGCAGCCACUUAGGAAGAGUGCUUUUCCGAAGAGACAUUUCUGGGUUGACUCCCUUAUCCUCAACCUUAAAAAACUAACUAAACCCAGACAAAAAACUCCAGAUCCCCAGAAGAUGUGAACUCUAGGAAGAAAAAAAGCACCCAUCUGUCUACUUAGCAAUAAGAAGGAUCUCUUCCCACCCACAUUGAUUAUUCCUGCCCCCCCCAGUUAAUGUGAGUAAUGAGUCAGUCUGGCCACAGUUGGUCACUGUAGGCUAGUGGAAAAUACCCAAUGGAGGGCAAAGGCCCUUAUCAGAUGCAUGAAUGUUUGCGAAUGUCAGCUGCCACUGCCCCACACACUGUAUCUUUAUGGAAUCUCUCCCUGCCCACCCCUCCCCAUCUCCACCUGGACGCAACUUGCUCAAAGGCUGGUGACUUGUGGGCCAUUCAUCCUCAACCAACUUCUGAUGGAGCAAGAGGCCCAAGCCUAGGAGAUGCAAGAAGGACCCAUUUCUUAAAUGUUACUAGUCCCAGCCAACCUUUUGGUGACAUUAUGGUUACAUUUCCCAAUUGAAAACAAGCCAAUGACACUCAAACUGGUUGUGUAAAUGUUGCUAGACUUUAUGUAUUGUACAACUAAACAUUGCUGUUUGAACAAUAA